AAUUUCUGCAUACACCUGACGAAGAUUUCUAUUAAAUCUGGGUCAAAGUGGCUAAAUCUUCAGACUUAAUAUUUAAAUGACGUGUAUAUUGCGAUGGACAAGAUGGAAACCUAUAUACUCAUAUUAAUAUUAGCAAGCUUGAUCCACGGGGUGCCGGCACCAGGGCAUACAAGAAUGUGCCGAAACUGCCCUCAUCUAGUAAAAGGUCCAUCUGAAUGUAAGGAGAUACACCACUGUCAACAGUUUUGUAUAACCGAAGUGUAUUAUUUACAUGGAGAAAACUGGUUGAGAUACGGUUGUGGAGGAGGUGCACAUUCUUCUGAACUUGAAUGUGAGAAAUUGGAUCAUCACCACCCUCACGGACACGAGCAUGGACCAGGGCAUGAACACGGAUAUGCCCACCCUGUGUGCAGAAAAUGUCAUUACCACUUUAGCUCCCAACAAGAUUCAUGCUCUCAGUACUUUUUAACAACGACACAUAUACCCGUACAUCCAGUGACCCAUGCUCCAACAACAGUGGUUCAGUCACAAUGUCAGUGGUUAUUACAAUGUACAGCUGCUCCAGCAAUAACAAAAGCAUCUUCUGCACAAACAACAACAACACCGACAACAACAACACCGACAACAACAAGAACGACAACUACGUCGACAACACACGUUACAGUUCCUGCAACAACUCAACAAAAUAUAAUGGUCACUGCCACCAGUAUGAAGACGACGUCACAACCUUGCGUGGAUCUAGAUGACGUCACAUUCACCUGCGCAGACAUGGCAUAUUAUGGGUAUUGUUAUCCUGCCGCUGGUGCUGGCUACGCACUCGCUCAAAAAAGAUGUCGGAAAACAUGCAGAUUUUGUCCAUAGGAAACAACAACGGCGUCAAGCGAUUCCAGGAAUUUUAAUUGAAUUGAUUGUAUAAGAUUAUAUUUAUUAUAUUAAAUUACAAAUAUCAUUUUUGUAUUUAG